AAAGCUUCGUUCAUUGCUCUAUCCUGUGGUCAAAACAUCAGAUUAAAGGUGCACUUGGACAAAAACACCGUGCAGCUUUCCUCUGGAUCCCUCUAGCGGCGUCGCCUCGGUUGUGCGCGAGCUGCUGGAGAGACGCUGUGCGGCUGGAGCGUUUCCCCGGAGCGAAGUCUCUUACCUCCUCCAUACUGCCUCCUUCCUCUACACAUCUGCGCGUGCACGUCUCCGCCCGACUGCGUUGAACUGAAAGACGGCUGGUUUUUCGGCCUGUGAAAAAGGGAAAUAAUUGAAUAAAGAUGGUUAAACUUGGGAGUAAUCUCCAGGACAAAGGGAUAAAAGCGGUGAGCGUUGAAGAUGGAUUUCAAACUGUUCCCCUUAUCACGCCCUUGGAUGUUACUAAUCUUCAUUGCCAAGCUCCAGACAAGGUUGUGGUAAAGACACGGACUGAGUACCAGACAGAGCAGAAGAACAAGGCCAAGAUCAAGGUGCCUAAAGUGGAGGAGUACACCAUAAGCUUUACUGAUGGGGUGUCAGAGAGACUGAAGGUCACCAUCCUAAUUGUCCUGGCUUUGGCGUUUCUUGCCUGCAUAGUGUUCUUGGUGGUGUACAAGGCAUUCACUUAUGACCACACCUGCCCAGAUGGCUUUGUGUACAAGCACAAGCGAUGCAUCCCAGCCUCCCUGGAGGCCUACUACACCGCACAGGAUGCUCACUCUCGCGGCCGCUUCUACACAGUGAUCAGCCACUACAGCAGCAUGGCUAAGCAGACCAUGUCACGCUCUGUGUCACCGUGGCUUCCAAAUGGCAAUGUCCAGCACGAUGACAAACCACCUAAUACUGUCAGCCAGUGAGGCUGCUAAUGCUGAUUCUCCAGUGGCCAUGUCUGCUUUUCCCCAUCUGACUUAACACUCUUCUCCAUUUCUACUCUACUAUUGAAUUUUUUUUAUUCAUCUAGUUCAUUUGUAUGAGUUAUUUAUUUAAGACUACCUGUAUUGUACAAUUUCUGGUUUUAUCGUAUUUAAUAUCAGUUAGUUAUUUGUACAAAGGCUUGCGUCUGUGACGCAUGUCGAAAGUAAAGGUCUCAUAAGAAACCAUGUAGAUUCAUGACUGUCUGAUUCAUUGUAAAAGGCAUGUUGCAGAUACUGUAUGGGAUUUUUUUGUGCUUUGUUUCCAAGCAUACUGUUUCUGUGGUUUUAUGUCCAGACUGGGGUAUAUAAAUAAUAAUAAUAUUAAUAAUAAUAAAAAAAGAAAGAAAAUCAUAUAUUGAUGAUAAAAUACAAGGUAAAUGUGUGUUAUGGUUCCUCCUUUUGAGCCUAAGUGUAAAUAGCCCAUGAGAAGUAAGAUCCAGUGUCUGUGUUGCCAUAGGGGACGUUGUAAGUUUAUUACUGUUUCUAAUUAGAAGCCUUUUGGAGCUUUGUGUUUCACUUUAGCUAACAGUCGAUGAUCAGUCUGAGGAGGAUGAUCCAGGGACAAAAUACCCAGUGCUCUGGGAUGUAAAGUCCCUGAUUGCUGUGUUUAGUCAUAGAUCUGUGUCAUUAUUGCUUUUCUUAUUAUUUGCUGUCAGGAAAAAAAGAAAACUUGUGCUGAAUCCAUGGUUAAUAUGUAGCAAAGCCUUGAAUAUUUCAUUCUGUAGCCUUCAGGUUUAAAACAAUAAAGAUAUUAUAACACACUG